AACAGUAAAAAAGAGAGAAGAAAAUAAAUGUUUGGUGGGUUUUGACGCAUCUUCUCUCACAGGUAAAUCGCACCUUAAAUUCUUCUCUCUCUCGCUCUCCAUCCCUCAAAUUUUCGUCUCUUAAUUUUUCGUCAGGGUUUCGUUGCCGAUUCUCCUUUGAUUGAUUCAAUUAAUCAUGGCGAGGAAUUGGUUUGUUUCUAUUAGGGUUUGUAAUCAUUAGUGUGCUUUUUUUUUUGCACCUUUUUGAUUGUUUAGUAUUGAUUGAGAUCAUUUUAAGAGUACCCAAUACAAAUUAAUCCUCCGAAGAACUAAUUAUUUCUUCUGGGUAUUAAUUUUUUUUUUCAAUUGGGAGUUUUUGGUUCUGUAAGGAUGUUUUUUUAGGAAAUUAGCUGUUUGUUUGAUUAGGAUUUUUUUUCCAUUUUAUUGGUCUUUAUGCUGGUGUGAUUGUGAGUGAGAGAGGAUGGAAAAAGAAAUUGUGUGUGUUGAGGGGGCUAAAUUAUGUAUAGGUGAUGAGGUUAAUUCUGAAAACUCAAUUUGUGCUGAAAUGGAGGUUGAAGAGAAUGAGACUGGUAGUUCCAAGAGUGAAAUUCAGCUUAUAGCGUCGGAAAACGGAGAGGGGAGUAAUGUGGUAUUCUCUAGAGAAGGGCCGAUUAUUAGUAAUGAGUCGAGAAGGUGCGGUUUGUACCAUCGUGGUACGAAGAAACUUAAGUCUCAUGCGGUUUUAACGGAGUCUGGUGUUGGUAAGAAUGAGGGUAUUGGUCAUGAUAAGAAACGGAAUAAACAAGAUAGGAUUGAGUUAGGUCGGAUGUUUCAGGGAGCGGUGAGUUCACAUGAUUGGGAGCUUGCGGAGAGUUUGAUUUUAUUGGCGGAUCGGCAUACUCUGAAUGAUGCCUUGUGUAUUACUUUGGAUUCGAUUUGGUUUUUAAGCACGCAGCAAGAGCUUAGUGGGAUUACUGGAUUGAUUAAGAAGAUUAUUUCUAAUGGUGCUUAUGACUUCACUAGAGCUGCUCUUAGAACUUCAUUUUUAGCUUCAUGUGUUUCUGCCUGCCAGAGCAGAACAAUGAGCCUGGCAGAUACAGUAACUGUGAUGGCUCACAGGUUGCACGAGCGUCUUCAAGAAUGCAAUGGGGAUGAAGUGUUAAAGGCAGAAGCUGGUGCGAAGGUUCAAAAGUUUACUGAAUGGGCUUUGAAAUGUAUAGGCUUCCAUUCACGUUGCCAAGGGAAUAGGGACAGUGUGAGUCAUAGCUCAGCCGUUGAGAUUCAACUUCAACUUUCUGCAUUCAAGACAUUUUUAGACCUUGCUGGCAAUCAUCUCACAGGGAAGGAUUUCACUGAGGCCUUUGACGCUGCUUGUUUUCCUCUUACUCUUUUUUCUAGCUCAUUUGAUCGUGGCUGGGCCUCUGGAAUAUUUGCUACUGCUAUCCAAGGAUUAUUGAGUAUGCUAGUUGAAGGGGGUGCAGACAAUGUCAACCAGUGUUUUCUUGAAGCCUCUCGUUUUGGAAGUACAGAACUCGUGCGCAUCUUGUUGCAGAUUGCGCAAAGGAACAGCUUGGAUGUUGAUGUCGAUUUGGCUCUUGGUUUUGCUUCUCACUACUGCAAAAUUGGAACAAUGGAAUGCCUAGUGGAAGAGGGUAAUGCUAUAGCUUUCUUAGGCCCUUUGAUGAGAGCAGCGGAAAGGGGCUGUAUGCAGGUUGUGGAGUGGUUUGUAAACAGGGGUUGCCGUGACAUGGAACUUUGUCUCGCCCUUACAGCUGCUACUUCUAGUAGCCAAGUUGAUGUUGCUGCAUAUCUCCUCCCUCAUGUACCCCAGCAUGUUCUAGCAGCUCUCAGCAUUGAAAUUCUCAAGGCUGCUGGUGAGCGAAGUGGUGGCUCACUUGAUGGUGUAGCAUUUCUCCUUCGUUCUGAUUUCUUAAGUGAUCCUGCAGCUACGUAUGCUGUUGCAGACAGCAUUGCUAGGUCUGAUGAUGAGGCUGUUGCACCUGAGUUACGAGCUUUUCUUCGAGAGCACUGGUCAGAGGCAGCUUUCUUGGAUGGAUUAAAGCAAGGACAAGAACAUUAUAUGAAUCUAGUGAGAAUACUAAAAUGGGGCGAAUCUCCUAUGUGCUUAAGGGAUCUUCCAGGCCCUCUCAGGGUAGCAAUUGCUUACCUGCCGCUACAUAGGGAAUGUGCUGUAGCAGGUGGUAGUUUAUUCUCUCAACGGCUAAGGGGACAGCUUGUUGAAGCCGUGAGAAGACUGGGUGGUGGGUCCUUAGAACGAGUGAAUCAGGGCGGAGAGCUCUUGGCUAGUUUGGAGCAUCAACUUCCUCCGUUUUUGGUUCACGCCCCGAGCAUUGGCUAGAGGAUUUUACAUUGCAGGUUUCAAUACAGUUUUCCCCUUUGUACCCCAUAUAUAUGGACAAAUAAUAUAUUUCAGCUGUGCUUAUGGUGAAGCUUUGAAGGUUUACCAAUUUUCGUCGUGCCAUUUCUAUAGCAUAUAUCAUGGCGUAAUAGAUGCGCAUGUUGGUCUGUAAUAUAUAAGAUGCAGAGCAACUAUAUGUGAUAAAGGGUUGAUGUAUCCUGCCAAUGUACAUUUUAGCUGAUAUAAUCUCUUUCACUAUUUUCUGGAAAAAAAAUCUGCGCUUCUCUUCUAUUUUAUGUUAAUUUUAUCUUUCCUUUC